GCGUCAAAUGUCAGAAUUAUUUUUCUUUUAUACAAUCUAAUACAUAUAUAUAUUAAAUACUUUUCCGCAUCUUAUCUAUUCGUCUUAUCGCUAAAUAGCGCAAUCAGGUGAAAUGUGACAGUUCUGUCAAACACGAGGGAGUGGGAAAUGUGCAAUUAGAAAUCAGAUGAUAGACGAUAUAUAUACAUUAACGCGAAAUGCUCGAUAAAUUUAACGAAGAAUUGGGGAAUUACCGAUAUUCUGUCAUAUAAUGUAAUGGUAAAUUUGGGACAAAAGUGAUAUCUCGUAUAAUUCGCAGGAGAACUCGACCACGUGUAUUAAUUUAUUUGUUUAGAUGUGUUUUCGAUCGAACGUAUGUAAACACAAAAUGUAGGAUCACUUAACCUCCAAUUUAAAUACACUUGACAAUCGAUAGAAGUAAGACAGAUCUAAUAAAGAUUUGUAAAGCUUAAGAUUGUUAAGCUAAAAAAGUGCAAAAAAAAAAUAAAUUACAAUCUCGUUCCAAUAUUAUACGAAAAGCAUUACGAUCGACACGAUGAACGAGAACCUGGAGAACGUUACCCCGGAAUCGUACUAUGCUUUGUUAGUCGCUUUUGAAACAAUGAAGGAACGUUGUCAGCGACUGCAGACGCGGCUGGUAGCUGCGGAGAAAGAGAACAUGCGUCUUAAACUCGAAUGUAGCAGGAACUCGUCGACAGCUGUCGUCAAAGCAAAUAACAGCAGUGACGAGUCUACGCUGCAGGAAAAGAUUGAGGAACUUACAAAACAAAAGUUGCAGCUAUCUGAUCAUAUGUUCAUGGUAGCAGCAGAAAAUCGUCAGUUAUGGAAUAGAUUAACAAGGUUGACGAAGACUAAUAAAUCUCUAGGUAGUCAGUUGAAUAAAAUUUCAGAUACACUUAAGCAGUAUUCUCCUAUGCAACCAUCUGAUAUUACAUGCAACAUUCGUGAUGCGUCUAGUUCAGAUAAUAAUAAGAAAUAUUUACUAAUGGAUGGUGAGAAGGAACAAAGUUUGGAAGAAAUAUCUCUACGACUGAUAAAUAGUAUUAUGCUAGAAAAAUCUGAUCUUGAACAGCAAUAUGCCGAGAUGGUGGAGUUACAGAAUAAUUCGGAAUUAAAUUUACAAAAAAUUGGUUUUACGUAUCCAGAAGAUUCUGAUACAGAUUCAGAACUGAAACAGCUUGAAAUUCGAUUGUCCCAAACUAAAGAUGCCUUACUUGGACAGCAAACUAGAUUAAAAAGGACCUUGCAGAACCUUAAAAAAAUGAGAAAAGGCACAACAUGUAAUAAUUGUCGAGAAAAUGCAAAUAAAAAAAUGUGUCAAACGGGUACACAAUUUGAUUCCAAUGAUAGCUUCAAGGAGCAUGGAGCUACUCAAACUAGUCUUAUGACGCCUAGUAUUUCUAUAGAAAAAUAUUCUAACUUAAAUGAUAAUCUAGAUAUAGCCAAUACAUGUCCAUUAUGUGGUACUGUUUAUGGAAAAUCCAAAUCAUUUACAGAAUUUCAUGAACAUGUCUUAAAUCAUUUUACAAAGGAUGUAUCUACGAGUGACGAUUUUGAACUUGUACAUUGACUUUAGUAUAUAAAUCGACAUAAAUUCAUUAUA